AUGAAAGACGCCUCCUCGGGGACCCGCGGUCCGCCCCCCGCCCGGCCGCCCCCCGCCCUUAGCGCCCGCGGCCGAGCUCGUCCCCCUGCGGCGCGGGCGGGGGCCCGCCUUACGUUGUUUUACUGGGCGCACCCGAGAGACCGCCGCUCGGGCGCCCCGUUUUUCCCGGCUUCUCCGCCGCAACUCGCGCCCGCCGCUGCCCCCCAGCGCCGGGCGCGGCCCGGCGUACGCUUCGCGCUCCCACCCCUGUCACUGCCCCCCCGCGACGUGGCGGCGCCCCCGGGCGGUGGGCCGCCCUCGCAGUCUGCCGGACUUCGCGCAUGCCACCGCGCUCGCCGCACCGCCCCGCCCCCAAUCCCAACUGCUCCCACUUAA